AUGGAGUCCAACAACACGGCCUCUUCCUCUUGUCUAGGCUCUGCUGCAUUCAAGGUCACUGUGAGCGUGGUCCUCACUGUCCUCAUUUUCAUCACUGUCGCUGGUAAUGUAGUCGUCUGCCUGGCCGUGGGCCUGACCCGCCACCUCCGCAGCCUGACGAACUGCUUCAUUGUGUCCUUGGCCAUCACCGACCUGCUCCUCGGCCUCCUGGUGCUGCCCUUCUCAGCCGUCCACCAGCUGUCCUGCACGUGGAACUUUGGCAAGGUCUUCUGCAACAUCUAUACCAGCCUGGACGUGAUGCUCUGCACGGCCUCCAUCCUCAACCUCUUCAUGAUCAGCCUUGACCGGUACUACGCCGUCACAGACCCCCUGCGCUACCCCGUGCUGGUCACCCCAACCCGGGUCGGCGUCUCCCUCGUGGUAAUUUGGGCCGUCUCCAUCACCCUCUCCUUCCUGCCUAUCCACCUGGAGUGGAACGGCAAGAGCAAGACCAGUGGGCUCAAUCACACCAUUCUGUCCUGCAAAGUUCAGGUCAACUUGGUAUACGGCUUGGUGGACGGGCUGGUCACCUUCUACGUGCCUCUACUGGUCAUGUGCAUCACCUACUACCGCAUCUUCAAGAUCGCCCGGGACCAGGCCAAGAGGAUCCAUCACGUCAGCUCCUGGAAGUCAGCCACCAUCAGGGAGCACAAAGCCACAGUGACGCUGGCUACUGUGAUGGGGGCCUUCAUUGUCUGCUGGUUCCCCUACUUCACCGUGUUUGUCUACCGUGGGCUGAGAGGGGAUGAUGCCAUCAACAAGGUCUUCGAAGCCGUCGUUCUGUGGCUGGGCUAUGCCAACUCGGCCCUGAACCCCAUCCUGUACGCCGCACUGAACAGAGACUUCCGCAGGGCAUACCAGCAGCUCUUGCGCUGCAGGCCUGCCAGCCACUACGUCCAGAACCCUGCUCUGAGGACUGACAGCUCUCGGCUCUCCAGGACUAAAAGCCAAGGACCCAGGCAGCAGGAAGAGAAGCCCCUGAAGCUCCAGGUGUGGAGUGGGAGAGAGGUCGCAGCACCUCAGGAAGUCCCAGACAGACCAUGCCUUUGCACCCUAGACUGCUUGUCUGUGUGA